GAAAGCAGUCAAUACUUUGCCUCGUCGAUUCCCGUCUUACGUCGUCCGUACUAACUCUGCCGUUCUAGCCAUCCUCCUAACAGCAUGGCACCUCAUCUUUGCGACGAUCGCGACACAGAUCCUCGCCCGCACAACGACUCUCCUCGAUAGCCGCGCCGACAUCCCCCUUAAUGGCCGCUUCUACCUCCGAACCAUCAUGCCCAUUGGCAUCCUCUACACGGGCUCCCUCGUCUGCUCGAACCUCGUCUACAUGUACCUCUCUGUCGCCUUCAUCCAGAUGCUCAAGUCUGCCUCGCCGGUAGCUGUUCUCUUCACAUCAUGGGCUUGGGGCGUCGCCGACCCAGAUAUGGCUAAGCUGAUCAACAUUGUCGUCAUCGUCAUUGGCGUCGGUAUUGCCAGUUUCGGUGAAGUCAGGUUCUCCUUCAUCGGCUUCUUCUAUCAGGUCGGAGGCAUUGUGUUUGAGUCCAUGCGCAUCGUCAUGAUCCAGGUCAUGUUGGCUGGUGAGGGCCUCCGAAUGGACCCCUUGGUUGGGCUGUACUACUACGCUCCCGUUUGCGCCGUCUUCAACACGCUGGUUGCUCUGUUCACAGAAGUGCCCACGUUUGAAUACGAGGACCUGCAGAGAACAGGCUUCUUCAUGCUCUUCCUGAACGCUGCGGUUGCGUUCAUCCUCAACAUUGCUAGUGUCUCUCUGAUCGGCAAAACCUCUGGUCUAGUUCUGACUCUCACCGGCAUCCUGAAAUCGAUCCUCCUCGUCAUCAUCUCCGUCGUCAUUUGGCGAACCCCGAUUACACUUGUGCAGAGCCUGGGAUACACAAUAGCUGUCCUGGGUCUUGCCUAUUACUCUUUGGGCUACGACCAGGUCGUGGCUCUCUACGACAUAGUGACGGCUUGGCUGGCCAGCUCCUACAACCAGUACUCACAGCUGCAAGGCUCACCCGGUAGCCAAGGCUACCUCACAAAACGCUACAUCAUGGUUGGCAGCUUGGGUAUCAUCACGAUAGUCAUGCUUGCCAUGGUCACGCUUUCUACAUACGGCACUCCGGUCACUGGCGAUGCCCAGGUCCCCUCAAGCUAGCCAGGGUCCUUACUAGACUCCUAACGAUGGUGUUUUUGGCUUCGAUUCUUGCUUUCUUCGCUGUGAAUUUUUUAUCUGGGUACCUCUUUUUAAUGGAUAUAAAAGCUCUAUAUUGCGGUUGGCGCAUUCGCAUGACAUGGUCCGCUUACAGUAGAACCAAUAUAAUGAAAACGAAUAGAAGAACUCUUUUUAAAUACACAAUAAGGCUCGCUGGGCCCAUUCAUAUUAUAGCUUAAAGUGCACAUGUUGAUACAAGUUUCAAUUAUCCACUUAGAUUCCAGUCUAGGGGCUUCUUGAUCGCCUCCUAUUACGGCUUCCAUCUCGCCUGUCCCGACGAAGAGAUGAGCUUCGAUCACGGCGACGGUCAUGUCUGUCUCGGUCCCGGUCUCUGUCGUCUCGUUCACGCUCUCGUUCCCUGUCCCUAUCCCUAUCUCUGCGCUCUCGACUUCGAUCCCGCUCCCUAUCACGACGAUCUCUACUACGAUCUCGGUCUCGGUCGCGGUCGCGGUCGCGGUCUCUGUCACGAUCUCUCUCUCUAUCACGAUCUCUCUCCCGGUCUGCGUCGCGGUAACGAUCGCGACUCCUGCUGCGAGACCGACUGCGACGACGGUCAUCCCAUCCUACAAUAGCAGUUAAUACAAUACAUUCGUGAAAGUCAUUGACAGCGCGACUACUUACCAGGACGUUUAUCAUCAACUCCAGGGAUGGGGAGGCCCUUUUCGCGGGCAUCCUUUUGUGCAGCAAGGUAGGCUUUAGCCUCCUUUUCACGUUUCUUGACCUCUUCCAACUUGCGCUCCUCCAAUUCUUCUUUUGUGGCGGAGAUGGGACCACGAGACCGUGAUCGGCUUCGCCUGUCUCUAUCGCGCGGUUCGUAGCGAUCAGCUCCCCUGCUUCGGGACCUGGUACGCUCUCGUCUCGUGCGCGAGCGACUAUCUCUGCGCCGUCGUGACCGAGAGCGAUCUCUCCUGUCCCGGCUAUCACGCCUUGUUCUAGAACGAGUGCGGUCUCUGCGAACAGACCGGCUCCGUCUUCUGGAUCGGCUGCGAUCGCGACGUGUCCUUGAUCUGCUGCGGUCAUCACGGCGCAGACGAGAUCGGCUUCUGUCGCGCCUGGUUCUAGAUCGUGAGCGGUCACGCACAAACUUGCCUCUAGAACGGCUACGAUCGCGUCUCGGGGACCGUGAUCUUCUCUCGUAUCUCCUAUCAUCAUCUCCACGACUUCUAUCACGCCGUCUGUCGUGAUCUCUGUCCCUAUCCCAAUCUCGGUCUCGUUCGCGAGCUCGCGAUAUACUUCUACUAGAUCGUCGAUCAUCGCGUAACUCGGACCCUUUGCGGGAGUCCCGCCGGAUGGGAUCAAUUGCUGAAGCCGGUGCAAUCUUUCUGGGUGGCGGCGCCAGAGCAGAGUCAACCUCCAUCUCUUGCUUCGGAGCGGAACGGCUGCUUUCUCGAAGCAGGUCUUCCAAGGCUUCCUGCUCGAGUCGUUCGAGCUCUUCUUUGGACAAGUCUUUCGUAGCCGCUUUGCUAUCCCCCGCUGGGCGAUCCGAUGUACGAGGUUUGUCUCUAUCUCUGUCACGAUCACGGUCUCUGUCGCGGUCUCGGUCUCGGUCACGAUCUCUGUCUCGGUCGCGAUCACGAUCACGGGCUCCGCCGUCGUCGCGUUCUCUGCGUUCCCGUUCCUUGUGGCGCUUCUCCCUCUCCAGGUCACGCUGCCUCUCGCGCUCCUUUUGCUCGUCUUCACGUUUCCGUCUUCGCUCGUCACGCUCAGCCUUGCGUUUGAUUUCAGCAAGCUCAGCUUCUCUUUCUUCGCGCUUUCGUUCCUCGUCCUCGAUUCGCUUCUUUUCUUCCUCGAUGGCGGCUUCUUUUUGUCGUAGCUCCUCUCGUAUACGUUCGCGUUCGUCUCGCCUUGCUUGUGUAUCUGCUUCGUACUCAAGGUCGGUCUUUGCACCGCGAGAGCGUUCGCCCUCCGCGACUUCCUCGCCUACUUCAUUCCGCCUAAUUUCUCGAAUGCUCCGCUCGAUUGCAUCAACAUCAAUCAGUUGUGCAAUGACAUCUUCAGCCUUCUGAUAUACUCCAGAUCGCUCUAGAGCACCGUCAAUCAGUGCAGCCGCCUUGCGACGGUCCAGAGUUAACAGUUGCUGCGGGUUGCGUUCAACCUCUUGUUCGGCCACUUCGAGGAUCGCUUUAGUGACUUGUGCUUCGUAGUCCUAUCAUGUGUCAAUAAUGCUGUCUUGUCAACGAUAAAUAGGGAUAGGAGCAUACGCUAGCCUCAAACUUUUCCCAGACUUGCUUUCUUAUAGUGUCGUAGGCGCCUUCCUUUUUGAAGCUUCGCGCAAGGGAUUCGAUCGCUGAACGGGUCGCUGAAGGUAGAGGGAGGUCGGAAGCUUUAAACUUCUUGGCAGGUAUCGGCAUUCUGGUCUCUUCCACUGUCGAGGGCGUUGGCAGACCAGUUGCUGAACCAGGCGCGUCUGGGGAAGCCUCCAUAGUUGAUAAGAAGCAGUGCGCCGGGGGCGUUUAUCGCCUGCGCUGUGAUUCUUUAUCGACUAUGUAUUCUAUACCAUUCCAGCUGUGCAACUACAUGCGCAUUCGAGGUGUUUUGCCGAAAUCGAG